AUGAAAAUGUUCUAUAUUAUUUUUAUUUUUUUAUUCAUCAGUAUUUCAUAUGGGACGAACUAUGACUUUCUAUUAGCCAAUGGUCCAACAUAUGUCAAUGGAAGUAGCAUAUAUUUUUUUCCAUAUGGUGAUCCAAGAUAUAACAUUAAAAUCAAAUUGUUACGAGUUGAUCCUCAUGAGGGUUUAUGGAUAAGUGUGUUGAAAGCAAAAGCUGGAGUUGUGAUAGGUACACAUCGUCAUUAUGGUCAAGCAUACGGCUAUACACUAAAAGGUGCUUGGGGUAAUCUAGAACAUCCUGAAUGGGUUUCUAAACAAGGUGAUCUUGUUCAUGAAACUCCUGGAUCUGUGCAUACUUUUUAUACUGAUGCUGAUCAUGGAGAAACUGAAGCAUUAUCUUUUAUUUGGGGUGCAAUAGAAUUUUUAGGUGAACUCGGUAAUACCCUUGGCAUCGAAGACUGGAGAUCAAUAUUACAAAAAUAUAUUGAUUAUGGUGAGAAAAAUAAUCUACCAAUUAUCGAUGUGACUUAUCCAAAAAGCAAAGUUCCUGAUAUACAUUUUCAUCAUCAAAAUAAAAAAGAACUAUAA